GGUAGCUAGCUUCAUCAAAUACUUCUCCUCAAACCCGUAAUCUGCACGCCUAUUCCCUCCCCUUCCCUCUCAGCCCCACACUCAAUUUCUCCAUCUCCAUCCCCAUCUCUAUCUCUCCUUCUCCAAGAAAAUGUCCAUAAACCACUUCUCCUCAAACCUCUCAGAAACCCAGCGGUGGAAUGCUAAUUCUAACCCCCACCGACAAGAAGACCCCUCAAGACACCCACACAGCAGAACCCAUUUCAUUCCCCAAUUUUAUCAAGACACCCACCACCCCAGCCACGCCCACCACAGUUUCCAACCCUGGCAGCUCAACUCCCAAGACCCCACCACACCCAUGUCCCCCACCCAUUUCCAUACCCCCACCGCCACCCUCAAUUUCAACCUCAACCACCACGACGCCGUCGACCCCAACGAAUCAGACCAACUCCAGUCCCCGCCGCCGCAUCACCGCGUCAACUCUGACGACUCCGACGACGAAAAAGAGCCCAUGUUCGAGAAGCCCUUGACCCCGAGCGACGUCGGCAAGCUGAACCGCCUUGUGAUUCCCAAGCAGCACGCAGAGAAGUACUUCCCGCUCGGCAGCGGCGACUCGGGCCUCCUGCUGAGUUUCGAGGACGAGUCCGGGAAGUCGUGGCGGUUCCGCUACUCCUACUGGAACAGCAGCCAGAGCUACGUCCUCACCAAGGGCUGGAGCCGUUACGUCAAGGAAAAGCGCCUCAACGCCGGCGACGUCGUUUUGUUCGAGCGGCGCCGGGCCAACACGGAUCGACUCUCCAUCGGCUGGAGACGCCGCAACGCGGUCCCAGCGCACGAUAGUGGGGCUGGAGGGGUUGAGAGUAGCAGUGGCGGGGUUGGAGGGAAUAGUAGUGGUGGUGGCGGGGGUUGGACCAGGAUGUUCUAUUCUGCGCCGCAUCACGGCUCGUCUUAUCCUGCGCACCAGUAUCAUCAUAGUGUGGCGCCAUACCCACCUGACUGUCUACAUGCAGCAGGGUCCCGUGUCCAAAAUAUGAACCAAACAGCGUCAGUUGGGAACUCGAAGAUACUGAGACUAUUUGGAGUGAACUUGGAGUACCAGCAGCAGGCAGCUGAGCACCAAGAGUCGGAACCAUCGACCUCAGAUGGCUCGUCGUCAACACUGUCUAUGUCGAGCCAGGGUCCGACUCACGGCCAGCAGCAAAUGUACCCUCGUGCUGCUUAUAAUUAUGCCGACCAACGCAGGGAAUUCACUGGUUUCUCUGGAGAUGUCAACCCCAUGAGAUCAAAUCGCCGAGGAUAAAGAUCUGCCGAUGUGACGUCCUCUUUGAUUGAUUGACUUCAAAUAUUUUUAUUUUUAUUUUUAAAACACACCACUUGGGAUCCCCUAUAUUAAUAUUCAGUGCCCACAAGAAGAAAGAAAGAAAAAAGAGGGUACACAUGGAAUAUAGUAUCAGAAAAAAUCCCAGAUUUUCAGGUCAAGUCUGGGACAAUGCAGGAAGAAGAGGUGAGGGGGAACCAAAAGGACGGUGCUGCAGGUAACGGGGGUGGAGAGAGAAGCUGGUGGGGUAUGCUUAGAAAAAGUAGCUGGGGAGUGAAGUCAUCGUUGUUUCUCCUUCCGUGGAAAAUGGGAAAUUUGGUUGGAGGAACCUGAUAUGUUAAUUUAGUAUUUGCCAGCACUGUUGAGAUUCUGCCCGAAGAUUUUUGAUAAAUAACAAUGGAAUGGAAGGAGGGUAUCGGAUAUGGUGGUCGAGAUGGAAACCGGGUGGGUGUAUGGGUGGGGAAGUGAGUUCAGUGGGUGCGAGUUGAACAGAUGAAUGGGUGACAGCAAAGCCCGGUGUCUUUCAUUUGGUACUGGAGAGAGAGAGAGCUCUCUCCAAUGACAUCGAACACUAUACUCUCCUAAAUUUCUAGUUUAACCUUUUUGUUACAGCUAGUUGUUUCAUUUUCUGAUUAAUCCCAUGUAGCUAGCUAGUUAAGCUCUUCUUUUGGAUGUUGUAAACACUCUACUUCUAGAAUUUGAAUAGUAAUGACAAGUUUACAAAAAUUUUCCUUA